UAAUAAGCAAGAAGAGAUAUGCUGGAUUGUACUGGACAAAGCCUGAUAGUUUUGACAAAAUGGACACAAAAGGCAUCGAGACAGUCAGAAGAGACAACUGUUUGUUGGUAAAGAAUCUGGUAAACGAAUGCCUACACAAGAUACUAAUUGACCGAGAUAUUCCUGGCGCAGUUCAAUAUGUGAAGAACACAAUUUCAGAUCUUUUAAUGAACCGUGUGGAUUUGUCUCUUUUGGUUAUAACAAAGGGUCUGACCAAAACUGGAAGUGAUUAUAAUGUAAAGUCUGCACAUGUUGAGCUUGCUGAAAAGAUGCGAAAAGUAUAGAUCUUAUCUGUUUGUUAUCUUGCCUUAAUUUAGAACUGAUUUUUUCAUUAUUUUUAUCCUUGUAAAAAAAUAAAAAGGUGACAAAGAUCGAUACAUUGAGAACAUAUAC